CGAUAAAGUGUGCAUCAUCAUAACUUUAACCACCAUCAUUGAAAGGCACAAUGGCUUCAUAUUUGGCCUCUAUUUAUGGAACAGAACAAGAUAAAGUCAAUUGUGCAUUCUACUUCAAGAUUGGUGCAUGUAGACAUGGCGACAGAUGCUCCAGAAAGCAUAUCAAGCCACAGUAUUCUCAAACGAUCCUCGUCUCCAAUGUAUGGCAAAAUCCAAAAUAUGCAAACGUGAAUGAUGUCAAUCCAGCUGGCCCUUCUACCUCUUCUCCCGGUCCACAAGAAGCAGACGUAAAGGAAGCGGAAGUGCAAAGGCAAUUUGACGAAUUUUAUGAAGACUUUUUCGUAGAACUUGCACAAUUUGGAUCAUUGGUGGAAAUGCAUGUAUGCGAUAAUAUAAGUGAACAUUUGAUUGGAAAUGUCUAUGCACGAUACGAAAGGGAAGAAGAUGCUCAACGUGCGGUUGACGCUUUGAAUGAUCGAUGGUACAACAAAAGGCCAUUAUUUGCUGAGCUAUCUCCAGUAACGGAUUUCAGAGAAGCAUGCUGUCGUCAACACGAAACGAAUGAUUGUACAAGAGGAGGCAUUUGCAAUUUCAUGCAUGUACGAACAGCAAAUAGAAGAUUGCUAAGAGAUCUACAACACGAACAAGCUGUGGAACAAAGAAUGAAAAAGGAAGCAGAACGUAAUCAAGCCCGUGGCUGGAAAGAAGAAAUUGGAAGCGGAGGUGGCGGAGGAGGAGGAGAUUGGAGAAAAGGCGCAAGUGGUGGGGAUUGGAGAUCUGGACAGAAUGGUGAAGAAGAUCGAAGGAGGAGUAUCUCACCAGUGCCAAGAUAGUAAGCAUACUUGUAUUAUACGGUGGCGAAACGCUUUCCCACGAUCAGAAAUGUAUUUGUAGCUUCUAUUUGAUCACGGCAUAGCACCAGAGGUGCCGUUAUCAGCGUGCAUUGUAGCAGCUUGUUGACUUUGUUGCAAUUUCUUGGCUUGCAAACGAGUUCUUGGUUGAUUUUUAACAGAAAAGUUGCUAUCAAUUUGUAACUCUUUAGCGACUUUUUCCAUCUUUUCCGCCUUUUCAGCACUUUUACGUGAAGAAAGGAAACUCUUUUCAGCAAGAGAAUCAUAAAUAGCUUGAUGAUGUGGAUUAUUAGUUGUUCCAAUCUUAUC